GAAGACCCGGGAGGGCUAAGCGGAAACAGGGGGAUUACUAAGCAAGGAGGGCAGGUCCGCAGCUAGGAACUAGGCGCGAGCGGACAGGAAGGAGGUGGCUGGGAGGAUAUGGUCGGAAGGAUGCAGCUGAGAUUGAAGUAACCCAGAAACUGAAGAAGCGGAGAGAGGGAUGGGAUGCAGGGCAAUCCGAUGGCGGGCAAAAGUGGGGAGGUGCAGGGUAGGACUAAGCUAGUGCUCGCCCUCGCCUCGUCAGAGCUAAAGGCUGCUUUUUAAAAUCGAGGCUGACACCACUGUAUCUGAAAUCUUCCUGAGGAAGAACGUCCCUGAGCAUAUGUGGAGUGCCGUUCCUUCGAAUUAAGGCAGCUAGAGCUCCUUUUCCUUUGGGAUUGGGAUGGAAUUUGCUGGUUUAAGGAAAGCUUGCUUCAUCUUGAACUCGGUUUUGGUAGCAAAGGUUUGCUGUCGAUUAUGUGAUAAAAUAAUGAAAGAAAGUGUCUAUUCUCGGAGCAUGCACAGAGUGCUGAUUGCCUUGCUUCACUAACUGGAGCGGAUUGUGGGUAAUAAUUGAGGAAUGAAGCUUCACAAAGCCUGGAGGGGAGUUUUAACUCCUAACCUCUAACUAUAGAAAUUGAACGUGAAAACCUUGCAGAACUAGGGAGUCAACAUAUACUAUUGUCAGGAAGUGGCUCAGACAUGAGCCGGGGAUUAAGAAACAAUAGCUUUGGGGGACAAGCAGCAGAAUGAACAACUAUUCCAAAAGAGGCUUUUGGGUUCUUGCCAAAGAGGGAGAUAUGAAGACACAAACCUCCCCUGACCUCAAAGGACAGGAAGGUGAUAAUCAAGCUAUGUCUACCAACUUAAAAUACCUUUCUUUGGGUAUAUUAGUCUUCCAGACAACUAGUUUGGUUUUGACUAUGCGUUACUCUCGGACAUUGAAAGAAGAAGGACCUCGCUAUUUGUCUUCAACUGCAGUGGUCAUUGCUGAACUUUUAAAAAUUAUGGCUUGCAUUUUGUUGGUUUACAAAGACAGCAAGUGCAGUUUACGAGCUCUGAACAGAGUGUUACAUGAUGAAAUUCUUAACAAGCCAAUGGAGACACUUAAACUUGCUAUUCCUUCUGGGAUUUACACUCUACAGAACAACCUGCUCUAUGUUGCUUUGUCAAAUCUAGAUGCAGCAACUUACCAGGUCACGUAUCAGCUGAAAAUCCUCACUACUGCCUUAUUUUCUGUGUCAAUGCUCAGUAAGAAAUUAGGUGUAUAUCAGUGGCUUUCGUUAGUGAUUCUGAUGGCUGGUGUUGCAUUUGUACAGUGGCCAUCAGAUUCACAGGCAACAACAGCUAAAGAACUUUCAGCAGGAUCACAACUUGUGGGCUUGGUAGCAGUACUUAUAGCCUGCUUUUCUAGUGGAUUUGCUGGAGUAUAUUUUGAAAAAAUUUUGAAAGAAACAAAACAAUCAGUAUGGAUUAGAAAUAUUCAGCUAGGAUUUUUUGGUAGUAUAUUUGGAUUGAUGGGCGUGUACAUUUAUGAUGGAGAACUUGUAUCAAAGAAUGGAUUUUUUCAAGGUUAUAACAAGCUUACUUGGAUAGUUGUAGUUCUGCAGGCGCUUGGUGGCCUUGUUAUAGCAGCUGUUAUAAAAUAUGCAGACAAUAUUUUAAAAGGAUUUGCUACAUCUUUAUCUAUUAUAUUGUCAACAUUAAUCUCAUACUUUUGGCUUCAAGAUUUUGUCCCUACUAGUGUUUUUUUUCUUGGAGCUGUUCUGGUAAUAGUUGCUACAUUCUUAUAUAGUUAUGAUCCAAAGCCAACAGGAAAUCCUAUUAAAGCAUAACAGAGUCUUCCAUGUCAUACUAUUUUGCCAAGAUUGUGCAAAAAGGACUUCUAAAUACUGUUUGGAUGAUUAUCAAGCACUGAAAGAGUUUAUACUGUAUCAGAAGAAUGAUGUUAAAUAACAGUUAAAUUUGCAAAACAAUCUCUGGAAAAGAAGGAAAGCCCAGAGCAAAACGUGAAAGGAAUUUGUUGCUUCUAGAACCUGGAACUAGAAGUGCUUUCAGCUUGAACUCUGAAGUUAAAUCAGAACAAUUUACUAUUUUCAACAGCUGCAGAAAUGUCCUAUGCAUUCUCCUUGCAAGAGCACGUGACAUUUGUUAAAUCAUAUCUGUUUUUGCAAGCUAUUUCAUCUUUUCUAAUUUUAUAUGAAUGCGGGUGUGUGUAUAUGUAUGUGUAUGUAUACACACACACACACAGACACAAGUAUCAAAGGGAAAUAAGAUUGUGUUCUACAGUAGCCUUUCCCGAACUGAUGUCCUCCAGAAGUGUUGGAGUUUACAUUCUGUAACCCACCAAACAGUAUAGCCACUCACCAGGUUGGGUAGAAGAUUAUGGAGUCAAAGGGUAAUACAUCUGGAGGGCAUUUGUUUUGUGAAGAAGGUUUGAUGAUGAUGUUUCAGAUAAGUAUUCCUGUUCAAAACCAAUGAAGUACCGUUGAAUCAUUGUCGUUUGUAGAUUUAUAAUAUUUUAUAUAGAAAACAGUUAAUUCACUGAAAUUGAUGUUGUAAAAUGUACUGAUGUAAAUGUCUUAUAAUAAUUCUUGAUAAAUUCUGCAAGAGGAAGAAUUUAAUAUUUUAAUUCAUUUAGAAGCUUUGUAUGUAUGAAUGUCACAAACUCUGCUGCUGCAUCAUUCUCAUUUUUUCAAAUGAGACCCUCACCAAUUAGAAGCAGCAUAGCUAUAGUAUCUGGUACUUGUUCCAUAUUAGGUGAAUGGCCAUUGUACGUUGCCAUAACUGAUACUGAAUAUGUGUUUAUUUGUUCAGAGAACAAUUCCUUUACUUGAUAAGAACAUUCUUGUAAUUUACUGACAAUACAUUUCAUUGCUUAAAAUCUUAAUUUGAAAAUAUUUUUAAAAUGUAUUUUUUAAAAGUAGCCAUAUAACUAUAUAAAAGUAUUAUAGUUCCUUUUGGAGCCACAGUAGUAUAUUAAUAUGUAUAUACUGUACUAUAAUAUAGAGCUUUAAAAAAAAUCUGGAAAAAUUAUGUAACGAAAGUGGCUCUGUCCAGUCUUGAAAUCCCAUUGUUAGAAUACAUGCUAAUUGUAUUAACCAAGAUUUGAAGAAUGUUACUGUGCAAUAAAUAUUAGGCAUGAAUUGUUCAGGUGUGUGUGCAGGAAUUGCCUUAAAGCCCAGUGGAACCCUCUUUGCUCUUCACUGAAUAUAAAACUUGAAAUAACUUCUAAGCUCGGGUCCAGGUUGCAUGAGGUCCCAUUCCAGGUAAUUGCUUUCAGUGCAGAAGAGCUUCACUGGCAAAGUGGCAAGCCUUUAUGAGCCCAAAGGGCUAUAGUCACACCAAUAGGGAUUAUACCCAGACUAUUUUGGAAGGUUCAAAUGUUUAAAUAUAUCCAGAGAAAUUAAGAUAGUGGCAUGCUCUGUGAAAGCUGCUUAUAUACGUUUGCUUGGAUAAUGGUAGUACAUCAUUGAAAUCCUCAUGGAAAUUGCUGCUGAGAAAUUAUGACUGUAAUCAUGGAAGUCAUUCUGGCAUUUCAUGAUUCUCCAUGCAGAUGUCUGUAACAGCUGAGCUGCACUGAAAGUGGAACUCUUUAUUUCUAACACACUGUAGGCCAGUCUGUCCUAAAUGCUUAUAAAAUAUAUCACAAUAAAGUAAUGUCUACGCUG